UCUUCCUGACCCACAGGGGGUCUUUCAAGCGCCAGGGCAGGAGUGCUGGAGAUGCGGGCAGCCCGGGCACUUCCGGAGGGAGUGUCCGUUGAUGGAGGUGGGCCAGGUGAUCCGGGUUGCGGGCUCUCCAGCCUCUUCCCCAGGUCCGGGACCGACGUACCGCGUUCCGGAUGGACCGUGGAGACCGAGGAAUGGGCGUCUCUCAGCUUCGCUAUGAGGACGAGGAGGAGGACCAUCAGUCCGUCUACAUAGGUGUCCCAGUGCCCCGGGGGUAUCGGCGCAAACGCAGGCGAAGGCGCUCAAAUCGUGAGUCGGACGACAUGGACAGGGACCGACAAUACAGCCAACAACGACCCCAAGAGCACAACCGCUACGGAGAUGUCGAGGAGGGACUCCUGGAUUCACACGAGCAGAGUCUCCAAGACAUCAACCGUACAAUGUCUCCUGCGGCAGAGCGGCUCCGUUACAUCCUCAAUGAAGAGGAUGACAUGCCCACGCCGACGCUCUUCACUGAGAUGGACACUCUACAGCGAGAAGGAGACGAGCUGGAGUGGAAGGAGUCGACGAUGUGGGAGAAGUUUGAAGAGAAGGUUGAAGAGGGAGGAGAAAGGUGGAGUAAACCACACGUGUCCACGCUGUCCCUGCACAGUCGGUUUGAGCUCAGGACGUGUCUCCAGACGGGAACCGUGCUGCUGGACCUUGAAGGCUACUCACUACCGCAGAUCAUUGAUGACAUCAUUGAGCGACAGAUAGAGGAAGGCAUGAUAUCUCCUGACCUAAGAGAGAAAAUCAGUUUUGUCCUGCUGAGGAAACAUCGACACCAGACCAAGAAGCCGAUCCACCGCUCGCUAGCCGACAUUGGCAAAUCCAGCUCCUCCUCCAAUCGUAAUGUAGGGCCCCGAGGUGGUCCGGGGACAGGUCCAGGGCCAAUAGCUAACUUUAAUCGAUCCACAGAGGACCUCCGAAUGAAGCAGCAGUCCGCCAACUAUGGUCACUUGCGUCAAGCCCAGAGUAGGAGUAUGAAUGAUAUUGCAGAUACAGGUGACGACUUUAAUCUGCUGUUUAUACUUAAGCAUUAUCUAAAAAAUAAAUUCAUGAAGAAAAUACCCAGAGAUGCAGAAGCAUCUAACGUCUUGGUGGGAGAAGUGGAUUUUCUGACCAAACCCUUUGUAGCCUUUGUCCGCCUGGCCCAGGCUACAACACUAGGAGGUCUCACCGAGGUCCCUGUUCCCACCAGAUUCUUGUUUAUUCUCUUGGGACCCCAAGGAAAAGCCAAAUCGUAUAAUGAGAUCGGACGAGCCAUCGCAACCUUAAUGGUGGAUGACCUCUUCAGUGAUGUAGCCUACAAGGCCAGAGAUCGCGAGGGCCUCAUCGCAGGCAUCGAUGAGUUUUUGGAUGAGGUGAUUGUGCUGCCGCCGGGAGAAUGGGAUCCCAAAAUUCACAUUGAGCCGCCCAAGAAAGUUCCCUCAGCUGACAAAAGGAAGGAGCUGGGGCAGGGGAACGGUACAGCUGGAGGAGGAGGAGGCCAUGCUGAGGACGAGGAGAUACCCCCGCAACAUGAACUCGGAGAGGAGCUGGCAUUCACUGGGCGUGUAAAGAUUAUCCGGGGUGUGAUGGGGAGUUUCCUGGGAACAGCUCUGGCUGGCUCUGUGUUCUGUCUCUUCAGCGGUCAGCCCCUCAUCAUACUCAGCUCCACUGGACCCAUCCUCAUCUUUGAAAAGCUCCUGUUUGAAUUCAGCAAGAACAACGGCAUAGAUUAUAUGGAGCUGCGCCUGUGGAUCGGCAUGCACUCCUGCCUGCAGUGUUAUAUAGCUACAGACGCCAGUUACAUCAUUAAAUACUUGACACGCUUCACCGAGGAGGGCUUCUCCAGCCUCAUCUCCUUCAUCUUCAUCUCUGAUGCCCUCAAGAAGAUGGUGGCCUCCUUUAAAUAUUACCCCAUCAACACCGACUUUAAGCCUGACUACGUCACCACCUACAAGUGUGAAUGCCUGGCUCCAGACCUGAUGGCUGCAAUGAUCUUCAAUGGUUUAGUUCCAAUACCCGAUAACAGCUCUAGUGUCUCUGGGUUGAAUGUGACAGGUUUGGACUGGACCCAGCUGGGCAAGAAGGAGUGUCUCAAGUACGGAGGCUCUCUGGUGGGAAUGACUUGUAAGUUUGUCCCUGAUCUGGACCUCAUGUCCUUCAUCCUCUUCUUCGGCACCUAUUCCAUGACUGUCACCCUCAAGAAGUUCAAGUUCAGUCGCUACUUCCCCACGAAGUUGAGGAAACUCAUAAGUGACUUCUCCAUCUUCAUGUCCAUCAUGACGUUCGUGGGGCUUGAUAUGUUGCUGGGACUCAAAACUCCGAAGCUAAUCGUCCCCACAGAGUUCAAGCGAACUCGGCCGGGUCGUGGCUGGCUGGUGAUGCCAUUCAGGAAGAACCCGUGGUGGAUUUAUCUGGCCAGCUCUGUCCCUGCACUGCUCGUCACUAUCCUCAUCUUCAUGGACCAGCAGAUCAGUGCCGUCAUUAUUAACCGCAAGGAGAAUAAACUCAAGAAAGGCUGCGGCUACCACCUGGAUCUGUUCUGGGUGGGCGUCCUGAUGGCCGUCUGCUCCUUCAUGGGCCUGCCCUGGUACGUUGCUGCCACCGUCAUCUCCAUCGCUCACAUCGACUCUCUGAAGAUGGAGAGCGAGUCGAGCGCUCCCGGAGAGCAGCCUCAGUUCCUCGGGGUGAGAGAACAAAGAAUGACAGGAAUUUUGGUGUUUGCCCUCACUGGAGUCUCCAUCUUCCUCGCUCCAAUACUUAAGUACAUCCCCAUGCCUGUGCUGUAUGGUGUCUUCCUCUACAUGGGCGUAGCUUCCCUCAGUGGAAUCCAGGAACACUGUUUCUGGGACAGGAUUAAGUUGUACAUGAUGCCGUCGAAGCACCAGCCUGACUUCCCUUACCUCCGUCAUGUGCCUCUGAGGAAGGUUCACCUGUUCACACUGGUCCAGAUCGCAUGCCUGGCUGUGCUCUGGAUACUUAAAUCCACCUUCUUGGCUAUUAUCUUCCCUAUUAUGAUUCUGGGUCUGAUGGUCGUCAGAAAGAUGCUGGACUUUGUCUUCUCCCAGCACGACCUGGCCUGGAUAGACGACCUCCUUCCUGGGAAAGAGAAAAAGAAGAAGGAUGAAGUUAAAAAGAAGGGAAAGGACAAGGACAAGAAGAAGGCCAAAGGAGACGACAGUGAGGAGGACAAGUGCCACGCCUACUCCAACCACUCACCCAGCACAGAUUCAGACUUGGAUCGCAGGUACUGUGUCGUCAAACUGCACAUCCCCUACAAAGAUCUUGUGCAUCCUGAUGUUGAGCCAUCUCAGUGGGGAGCAUACUGCGAGGCUGCUGACACACACAGCACUCUUUAACACACACACACAUGCACACAUGUGCAUGGGAAACGUGUCAUGCAGUUUAUUCACAGAUUAGAGUCAGUUCACACAUAGUGAAGCUAGUUUAAGUUAUAUCUCAGUCAACCAACGUGUGUGGAUUAGAAUAUUGUGUGAAUAUAAUAAACAUAUAUAUGUAUUAUGUCUGCCUGCCUAAUUAAAUUAACACAUUUUAAUUAAAAGCCUCACAUAAUUAAAUGAUCACAGCAAACACAGAUACAG